GAGUAAGUAGGAAAGUUCUUCUAUGCAGAUCAAGACAGAAAGGAGAUUAGUUAGUGUUGUAGGAGUAGUUAAGACCAAAACCACUUAUCCACCAUUAAAAAACCUAAGAUUUGUGUUAGAAAAGUAUCACUUUCUCUUCCUCUUCUUCUUCUUCAUCAUCAUCAUGCUUGCCCGAAUCAUCUUCCUAUCCGCAGUUGCUGCCGCCAUUCUCGUCGUUCUUCUUCUGACCUUGUUUUCGCCCGUGCCUGAAAAUAACCCGUCGGAAUCUCUAAUCUCCUUCUCCUUAUACGUCCAACAACCCCGAGCCCGAUCCUCCCCUUUCUCACGCCCUUACCAUCAUCGCCCGCAUCACAAGCAAAUGGUAUCAUCACCCCGAGGAGGAGCGUUGAUUUUCCAUCGGGCACUCACCGAGGGUCCCGAGAACACGUCUCGGGUAGUCGGGAAGGCUCAGGGAUUCAUCAUCCCACAGGAGGAGUUUGCCAGAUCGGAUUUUAACGUAAUUUACCUGACGUUCGAGACGGGGACGGAGUAUAAAGGGAGUGUGAGUGUUAGGGCAAGGGAGAUGGAACACAAGGACGAGGAGGUUCUCGACAUUGUAGGAGGGACAGGAGCUUUUGCCUUCGCUCGUGGGAUUGCUGUUUUUGCAGUUUUGGGCAGUGAAGAUUCUGUAACCACUUAUCGUCUUAAGCUUAUGCUUAGGUUCCCCGACAGAUCUCACACAGUUAGAACCGUUGAUCUUUUAUAAAUGAGUAUUUUUUUUACCA